CGAACGCAGGGGACAAGUGAGUUGCGGCGCGCGCUCUUGGGCUUGCUGCGGUACUCGCGCGCUCGCUCGCUCGCUCUCCUCCUUGGCAGCCUCUAGGAUCGGUGGCCGUUGGGCCGAGGCAGGAAUGUUCCGCAAGGCGCGGCGCGUGAAUGUGCGGAAGCGGAACGAGUCGGAGGAGGAGGACGAAGAGCGGGACGAGGAACCGCCACAGUCACUGCCGCCGCCGCCAGGUGGAGAUGGGCCUGCGGGGGAGGCCGCUCCGCCACUUCCGAAGCUGCCCCUCCUGCCGCUCCCGACUGGCUGCGUCCCUCUCGUCUCUCCCGCUGGUGGCGGUGGGGGGCCCAGUGGCUUCGCUUUCGGCGGUGCCGAUGCAGUUGGCCGGGGAAGCCCAGUCUUGACGGCCCCGCCGCCUGUUCUGCCGCCGCCCCCUCCUUUCCAACACCCGGCGGCGGUUAAGGAUCGGAAGAACAAGAGCAAGGAAGCGGGGGGGCCUCCGUCGCGCGGGAGCGUCAAGCUCCUCAGCUUCCAAGACGAAGAGGAGGAAACUGAAGAAGUCUUUAAAGUGAAGAAAUCAAGUUACAGCAAAAAGAUAGUAAAGCUGCUUAAAAGAGAAUACAAGGAAGAUCUUGAAAAAUCUAAGAUAAAAGUGGAAACUAAUUCUUCAACUGAUGCUGAACAGUCUGUCGACAAAACAGGGCAAACUAAAGAUGCAAUUCAAGAAGAUGGGGCUGCAAAUAGUGAACAAGGAGAAGAGGAGAUGGAAGUUGAAAGUGAGAAGGAAGAAGAAAAACCAAAAGCUGCAGGAGCUUUCUCAAGUGCUUUGUCCUCUCUGAACGUUCUGCGUCCAGGAGAAAUCCCAGAUGCUGCUUUUAUUCAUGCUGCUAGGAAAAAGCGCCAAAUGGCUCGUGAGCUUGGGGACUUCAUACCCCUUGACAAUGAUCCUGGGAAAGGGCGCCUUAUUAGAGAAGAUGAAAAUGAUGCCAGUGAUGAUGAAGACGAUGACGAGAAAAGGAGGAUAGUCUUUUCAGUGAAAGAGAAGUCUCAGAGGCAAAAGAUUGCAGAGGAAAUAGGUAUCGAGGGAAGUGAUGAUGAAGCUCUAGUUGCUGGGGAACAGGAUGAAGAACUCAGUCGGUGGGAGCAAGAACAGAUACGUAAAGGCAUUAAUAUACCUCAGGUUCAAGCAAGUCAGCCUGCUGAAGUGAAUAAUCUGUAUUACCACAAUACUUACCAGGCCAUGCCUUAUGGUUCCUCUUAUGGCAUUCCUUACACAUAUGCUGCUUAUGGAUCUUUGGAGACAAAGUCUCAAAAAACAGAUAACACAAUUCCUUUCAAAACUCCCAGUAAUGAGAUGACGCCUGUUUCUAUUGAUUUGGUAAAGAAACAGCUUAAAGACAGGUUGGACUCAAUGAAAGAAUUUCAGAAAGCAAAUCAGCAACAACAUGAGAAGCAUCAGCAAGGCCGAGAUGACUCUAUCAAGACAAUUGAAAGACUGGAAGGGUCUUCUGGGGGUAUUGCUGAACGGUAUAAAUUUCUGCAAGAAAUGCGAGGGUAUGUCCAAGACUUGCUUGAGUGUUUCAAUGAAAAGGUGCCCCUGAUUAACGAGCUCGAGUCAUCAAUGCACCAGCUGUACAAACAGCGAGCUUCCCGCCUUGUCCAAAGACGACAAGAUGAUAUUAAAGAUGAAUCUUCGGAGUUUUCAAGCCAUUCAAAUAAAGCACUGAUGGCACCAAAUCUUGACUCUUUUGGACGAGACAGAACACUGUACCAAGAACAUGUAAAAAGGCGAACUGCUGAAAGAGAGGCUAGAAGAGCUCGUCGUAGACUUGCUAGAGAACAAUCUGGGAAGAUGACUGAUCACCUUGAAGGCCUUUCUAGUGAUGAUGAAGAAACUUCAACAGAUACUACAAACUUCAAUAUGGAGCGAGAUCGCAUUUUGAAGGAGUCCAGCAAAGUUUUUGAAGAUGUGUUAGAAAGCUUUUACUCCAUUGACUGCAUUAAGUCACAGUUUGAAGCCUGGCGUUCCAAGUAUUUCUCUUCUUACAAGGAUGCAUACAUUGGCCUUUGUCUACCUAAAUUGCUUAAUCCUUUAAUAAGACUUCAGUUACUUACUUGGAACCCUUUGGAGGACAAUUGCCAGGAUUUUGAAAGCAUGUUAUGGUUUGAAUCCUUGCUGUUUUAUGGAUGUGAAGAACAUGAACAGGAGAAAGAUGAUGCUGAUGUUUCACUGUUACCUACUAUUGUGGAAAGGGUGGUUCUGCCUAAAUUAACAGUAUUUGCUGAAAAUAUAUGGGAUCCCUUUUCUACAACACAAACAUCUAGAAUGGUAGCCAUUACCCAGAAACUAAUAAAUGGGUAUCCUUCUGUGAUACAUGCAGAGAACAAAAACACGCAGAUGUUACUGAAAGCCCUUUUGCUUAGAAUGAGGAGAACGCUAGAUGAUGAUGUAUUCAUGCCUCUUUAUCCCAAAAAUGUUUUAGAAAACAAGAACUCUGGUCCUUAUUUGUUUUUCCAGAGACAGUUUUGGUCUUCAGUAAAGCUAUUGGGAAACUUUCUGCAGUGGCAUGGAAUUCUUUCCAACAGAACUUUGCAAGAACUUUCAAUAGACGGCCUGCUAAACAGAUAUAUCCUUAUGGCUUUUCAGAAUUCUGAGUGUGGAGAUGACAGCAUUAAGAAAGCUCAACAUGUAAUCAGCUGUUUCCCUAAACAGUGGUUCACUAAUCUUAAAGGAAAUAAGACAAUAUCACAUUUAGAAAAUCUCUGUAGAUACCUUGUUCAUCUUGCUGAUACUGUAUACCGAAACAGCAUUGGAUGCUCUGAUGUAGAAAAAAGAAAUGCAAGGGAGCAUAUAAAACAGAUAAUAAAACUUCUAGCAAGUAUUCGAGCAUUGGACCAUGCUGUAAUAGUUGCAAAUGAACAUAACAUGAAAGAAUUAAAAAAUUUAAUUGAAGGGAAAUAAAUAUUGUCAGAAGUUUGGACUUCAAAAAUCAUUCCUGAAGUGUAAUUUUGUACAUAUGUAAAGUUUUCUUAAUAUGUAAACAGUUGGCUGUUUUUAAUACAAAGUGCAUUCUUAUACACAAUAUCUGUAACUGGUAUUUGUGUGUUCAAGAAAGCUGGAAAGAGAAUCCAGAAAAGCUUUCAUCUGCAUCUUGUUUACAAACAAUUUUUAUACUCCCACGGUGGCCAUCACUUCACUUUACUUUCCAGUAGGUAACUGGAAAUUGUGCAUUAUAAAAUUCAUUAACAGUUUAGAUGCAAGUAUGUAUAGCCUACAGUUUUUAUUUAAAACAAUAGUGUCUUCUUUCAAAAUAAAAUGUUUGAGUUGCUGGAAUUUGGUAAUAAAAUGAACUGUGCAGUUUUUUAAAAAAGUGAACGUGGUAUGAUCCCCCAAGAGUAAAGAAGCUUCCAAAAUAACAAUUGUUAUUGGACAUAUGUUUAUAGAUAUAGCUGAACAUUAACAGUUACAUUCAGCUAAUAGAGUUUUCUUUUAAAUUCAGACCAUAAUUGUUUACAAUUAAUUAAUUGUUUACAAUUAGUAUAUCCAAGAAAUGUCCUUUUUGUUGUAAAAAACCCCUGCUAAAUCAAAUCGUUGUUUUAUGAUGUAUACAUUAUAAGUCCCUUUAUCUCAUAUCAGGAGUAUAUUUCUCAGAAUUUCUUAAUUCAGAAUAUUAAAGCCCCCAGCUCACAUACUGCUUAUGUUAUGAGCAUAUUGAAUAUUCCAGGAGGUUACUUCAAUUGCUUAAUAAGAUUUUAAAGAAUAAAUUUACCUUUAAGACCCAUGUUGCUACUGAGAACUGUUUGACUUCUGAAGAGCACUGUUAUUGUCAGGGUGGUUGAUAGCCUUGUUUAUCUUAAGGUGUAUUUCUUUAUAUUUGAGAAAAAUAGCAGUUGGGAUACUGAAUAAUUGUGGAUCAUUGUAUUUCAUGAUGCUCCUUGUCAUGUGAUGUAAAGAAAAUAUUAAA